AUGGAGGCUCAAGACUGGAUUGAAUUAUCUAUGAGAGCUUUGUUCUGCUUAACCGGUAUUAUAGGGAACGGUUUGCUGGGUUUGCGCUCUCUGCCCAAAUCCAGAUCUCAACUACGCACCGGCGACAUCCUCUUCGUCAACUUGGCCGUAUCGAAUCUGAUCACAAACUGUCUGGUGGAUCUGCCAGAAACAAUGGCGCACUUCGCCAGAACCUGGCUUAAGAGUAAAGAAUACUGUGGCGUGACUCAGUUUUCUCAUGAAAUCUCCGAGACCAGCAGCAUCUUCUCCACCAUGUUCAUCAGCAUGUAUUGGCACCAGAAACUAGUGGGUUCCAUCAGACGUGGAGGAGCUCCGGUGCAGAUGGACAACCUGCGGCUUGUGGCCGUAUUGCUCGCUGGGAGCUGGACCGUAGCGACUGCAUUCAGUCUUCCACACAUUUUUAUAGCAGAGCAUGAUGGGAACGAGAGUUUGGAAGUUUGUGAAGAACGUUUCCCAUCACCUGCAGCCAAGCAGACGUUUGACGGUAUGUACCUCACUCUGGCUAACGUUGUUCCAAUCGUUGGGAUAACUUACGCAACCAUUCAGAUUGUCAUAACGCUACUCCGGAGUCAAAAACGAAUCAAGGAUCGCUCCGGUGGAACAAAUCCACCACCUUCAUCUGUAGACCAAAGACCGGAAGGAACCGCAGAACGCAGCAUGGAAUCAUCCUCAGAAAGAUCUCCAAUCUCCAAUAAAAUCUCUACUCAUCAACCAGCACCGCAGGUCAGAUCCAAUCCGUCCUCCGGCAACCAUGUGCGGGCGGCCAAAAGCGUGGUGGCGGUGGCCACGAUCUUCAUCUUCUGCUGGUUCACUCACCUCGUGCUCCGCAUCUACAGCAGCUUCAGAAACUCCAUCCUGGCUGUGAAGUUGACCAAUUUUAUAGGAGCGUCUUACGUGUGUUUUGUCCCAUACGUCUACCUGCAUGGGGUGAAGAAACUCAACUGCCCGUGCUGGUAAGAACUGGUGCGGUUAUUACGAGCUGUGCAUUGUGGGAAAGCAUCAUUGCAUGCACAGUC